AUGUCAAUUCAGCUCGACAAGGCGACGUUCAAGCGUCGUCUUGAGCGACUUUACGACUUGUGGCAGAAUACAGAUGCAAUGCAGAACGUCAGUUCGUUGUUGCUUCUGAUUGGCAGCAGCACGGAAGAGGCCGAGUCGCCCACCAAAGGCACGCUCUUGCAGAUCUGGCUGUUCGGGUACGAAUUCCCCGACACCGUCAUGCUUCUGACCAAGAAGGGCUUGCAAGUGAUUGCCAGUCAAAAAAAGCUCGACAUUCUUGGCCAGCUCCAAAGCGAUAGCCCUGUCCCGCUGGUCCUCCACGUUCGCACAAAGGAGGACAAGAACAAGGGCAAUUUCGGCAAGAUUGUCGCUGCCAUGAAUGGGGGGCCGGUCGGCAUUUUCAAAAAGGACCGCACCAGCGGCAACUUUCUGCCAGAGUGGCACGAGUUUGCCAGCGAGGACGCUGGCUGGGCGGCAGUCGAGAAGGUGGACGUGAGCAUUGCCACCAGCUACUUUAUGGGCACCAAGGAAGAGUCUGAGCUCAAGCACGUUCGUGACGCUGCAACCGUGGCUUCCCACAUUAUGCGCACCGCCGUGGUCAACAAGGUCGAGAAUGUCAUCCAGACCAUGCGGAAAGUCACGCACAUGAAUUUGGCCGACGAGCUCGAAGCCAUUGUCAAGAACCCUUCUGGCUUGUCUUCCAAGAAUAUUGACAAACAAGAAGUCGAAUCUGCUUACACCCCCAUCAUCCAAUCGGGCGGUGUCUUUGACUUGCGACCAUCGGCCACGAGUAACGACGAGCUGAUCAAGGUUGGUACGAUCGUCGUGGCGAUUGGCGCCAUCUACCGCCAGUUCUUUUCCAACAUUGCCCGCACCUUCCUGGUCAACCCGACCAAGCGCCAGUCGGACAAUUACAAGUUUUUGCUCGAGCUCCAAGAGUACAUUGCGUCCCAGCUCGUCCCUGGCGCAUCUUUGGCGAGUGUGUUUGCCAAGGGCACCGAGUAUGUCGAGCGCAAGCGGAAAGACCUGCUGCCCCACCUCACAUCCACCUUUGGCUUUGGCAUUGGCAUGGAGUUCCGCGAGAGCUCGCUCAUUAUCGACAAGUCCAAGACCCGCGUGGUCGAGCCUGGCAUGGUGUUCAACCUUGCCGUCGGCUUCAAGGACUUGCGCGAUGCCGCCGCCGAGCCAUCCGAGGUGCCAGAGCAUGACACCCAGGCCGAGGAAAACUACUCGCUCUUUGUCGCCGACAUGAUGCUCGUCCCGCUCGACGGAAACGAGCCGACCCCGGCCUUCCUCACCAAGGACGCGCCGUUCAAGCUCGCCGACGUCUCGCACAUUCUCAAAGACCUCGAGUCCAAAGACGAGAAGCGACGACGAAGGCAAAACCAGCUGCUGCAGCGCAUCAUCACGUCCAAGGAGCAUGCGCCCGACACUGACGAGACGGCCACGACUGGCAAGCACUUUGACAAGUCUGUCGCGUACAAGUCCAUGUCGGCCCUGCCCAACGACCCGACGAUUGCUGCGCUGCGCAUCUAUGUCGACAUGGAACAUCGAGCAGUCGUGCUUCCCAUCAACGGCUACCCCGUUGCCGUCCACAUCAACCACAUUAAGAGCGUCAGCAAGACCAAUCAGUCCGACUACAUGUACUUGCGCAUCAACUUUGCCUUCCCCACGCAAGCGGCCAUGGGCGAAAACUCUGCCGUUCCGAAGGCCGUGUUUAUGGGCGAUCUCAGCUACCGCUCCAAGAACUUUGAGAGCAUCAAUGCGGUCGACCGCGACAUCAAGGCUCUCCAAAAGAAGGCCAAGACGGAAGCUGCCGAGAAGCGCGAGGCUGCCGAUUUGGUCGAGCAGGAAGACUUGCAGCUUGCCUCGGCUCAGGUCCGUCCGCUCCAGCUCCGCGAUCUCAAGAUGCGUCCCGCGCUUGGACCCCGUGGCUCUGACAAGGCCGGCGUGCUGGUGGCCCACACCAAUGGCUUCCGCUACAGCACGGGCAUGGACCACGUCGAUGUGAUUUACUCCAACAUCAAGCACGCCAUCCUCCAGCAAUGCAAGAACGAGAACGUGGUCAUCAUCCACCUUCACCUGAACAAUCCGAUUCUGAUUGGCAAAAAGAAGCAAAAGGACGUCCAGUUCUACGUGGAGGUCGUGGGUGUCGACGACUUGAAAAACACCAAGCGCUCUGGUCAAGACCGCGACGAGUUUCUGGCCGAGCAGCGCGAGCGCGAGCUCAAAAACCGCUACAAUGAGGCGUUCGCCAAGUUUGCGCAAAAGGUCCAAGAGCAAACGCACAACGCGGUCAAGUUUGACGCCCCCGAACGCGGCUGCGGCUUUUUCGGCGUGGCCAACCGUGGCCAGGCCUUUAUCACUCCUGGCACACACUGCUUGUUCAACGUCACCGAGCAGCCCCAAUUCGUGGUCACGCUUGACGAGAUUGAGCUGGUGCAUCUCGAACGUGUGCAGCACAGUCUCAAGAGCUUUGACAUGGUCAUCAUCUACAAGGACUACACCCGUCCAGUGACGCACAUUACUGCCAUCCCGACCAACUACAUUGACACGAUUCGCGACUGGCUCGACGCCGUGGACAUUUACAACACCUCUGGUGCCAUCAAUCUCAACUGGUCUGCCAUCAUGAAGCAAAUUCUCGAGAAUCCCAAGGCCUUUAUCGAGGAUGGCGCGUGGAGCUUGUUCCUCGGCGAAGAGGAGGAGGAAGAUGGUGACGAUUCCGAAGACGAAGACAGCGAUUUCGAGGAUGACUUUUCAGACUCGGACGCAGAUGCUUCCGAAGACUAUUCAUCCGAGGACAUUUCCGACGACGAUGACGACUCGGAUGCUUCGUUGGAUAGCGGUGAAGAAUCCGGCAAGGACUGGGACGAGCUUGAAGAGGAGGCCAUGCGCGAAGAAGAGGAAUCAAAGAAACGUCGUCGUGAAGAAGACGACGACGAGGGACAGCGCAAGAAGAAGCGCGUGAACGCGCCGCCACCCAAGAAGAGUGGCACCAUCUGGUGCUGCAAUGCGCGCACAGAUACUGGUUGCAAACAAGGCUUUACCAACUCCAAGACCUACAAGGAAGAGCUUUUGGAUGCCAUUGUCGGUGCUUUGAACUCUGCGCCUGGCCGUUGGCACCAUCUCGUUUCCAAGAAACCCGACAUCUGGAAGGCGGUGAAUGACAUUUGUCAUCGCGCCGGGCUUCGAGUCGAGUUGGAACAGCUUUCGGAACUGCCGGAAGAGCCUCCAUCCUUCGUUGGACGCCGUGUUGUUGCGUACUUUGUCGAUCAACCAACAAACACGACACACAUUUUUGCGCAAGGACUGCCUUUCGGAGAUGCCGCGUUCACCAGCCUCCCCCUCGUUCGUGUUGGGCAAGAGUCCAAGGAAAACACGGACGCUGAAGGGUGGAAACGUGCUCUUCGCCAAUUGCCAGCUCGUGUCGCGCUUGGGCGAGCACCUGUUCCGUUCACGAUCGAUCCCAACACCGGUCCACCCGUCCCGCCUGGCCUCCCGUUCCCUCUUCCGGACGAGGUUGCGCCUGCGGCUCAAGCAUUCAACGAGAGUGCCAACUGCGAGUUCAAGCAACCAACUUCGCUCAACCCACCCGUCGGCGAUUACCUCGAGCAGAUUCUUCGAGCCAUCCGCGCAUCGCCAGGUCGGCCAGUUCACCUCAUUCUUGGGGUUCAAGAUGAAUCCUGCGUUGUUGUGGGUACACCAUCCGUCUUGGCUUCGGUGGUCGAUACAGCAACGGACUUUCUGGCUGGCGUUUUUCCGCGCUUUGAUCCAGCGUUCGUGACAAUCACGCAGCAUCCUGUGGCUCUCCCUGACGUCGAGCAGCCGCUCGUCUAUCUGCGGGACAUUUUGAUGGAAGAAGUGAACGCUGCCCUUAGCUGUUUGUCCGGCCGCGCUUGGACUGUUGCGACCGCGUCUGACUCGACGUGCGACUUGCUGAUUGACCCCGACAUCUAUUCAGCGGUGCGGCAAGCACUCUAUGGUUGUGAAGCGCUCCGUUCAAGAUUGCCAGAUGCCGAGUUCACAAACCUCAGUUCCGUCAAGAUCGACACCACGGCACACCCCACAUCGGACAAAGUCAGGUACGGCGAAUAUGCCGUGGCGGUUUACGUGCGCGACAAACAGGCUGGCCUCGAGUGGCUCGCUCGUGAACUCGUUGACCCUCCAGAUCACGUUAGUCCUGAGGAGCGCUUUGUCUGUCAUCUGGAGUUCAACGUCCCUGUGCGUCAGGCGCCUUGCACCGUGUCCUCAAAGACCUCGCGUGCGCGUCUUCUCUGCUCUGGAGUCUCAGCGCAAUUGAACCACGAGUUUCCUUCGUCUGCACUCUGGCUUCGCGUUCGCCCGCUGGAACUCAUCCCUAUGUUGCCAUUCUACCUUUCGCAGAGCAGCUUUUUGAGGAUUCUCUUGGUGGCUUCCAAUGAGCAGGCCGAGCUUGCCAAGCAAACCCUCGGCGGCAUGAAACUCGCUCCUGCCGAGCUGUUUGAUCAAGUUGUGCAGCCUGCGAUCCCGAAAUCCAUCGAAGCGGCAUACUACGCACUGCUUCGCCAUCCGACUCGCCCUCGUUGCAUUUUUGCUGAUGCGCACUUGUUGAUCAGUGACGCCAUGACCAGGCUUCUCAAUGCGGCCCGCUCCAUUGACACUCCGGCUCCGUCUGUUGUCGCCUUUUGCACACCUGCGGCUGCGGCGUCCCUGAUCUCCGUGCCUGUAGUCGUGGAUGAGGCCAUUAUGUACAACCCGCACCACUCAUACCAUGCAAGGCCGGCUGCUGAUUCAGCGUCGAACACGAUGGCUGGACUCGUUCAUCAAGUUCUCGAGCCCAUGCCGACUGAUCCAGCUGAGCAAUCGCCCGAAAGCCUGACCCUGCUUGUGCGUGGCUGGCUUCAAAAUCCCAACCGCUUGCCCCCUUCGUGGCAGCUGGUUCGGUCUGGGGCUGUUGUCGCGACAGGACCUGUCCGCGACCUUGUGCAGCUCGUGCUGAAAAGCGACAGCCACUUAACUACAACCGUAAUCAAUCUCCAGAAACAACAAGCUGGCUGCGGCGCAUCAGCAGCUCUUCGUGCAACGGGCUGGCAGCUUCAGGCGACGCGAGAUGUCUUUUCUGUGCGACUGGUGGAUUCGGCACACGUGAAUGAGUUUUGGCAGCUCUUUUCUGCUAUGCUUUCACGUCCUGCGCUGCUCCUGAUUGAUGAAGAUGUGGCUCACGCUUCGGAUUUCCGAAGACCCGCGGUCAGCCCCGUCGUGUGCGCCCAUGUCACCUCCUACACUGUCACUCUGUCUUCGGUUCUCACUCUCGAUGAUACGCGAGCAGUCUGUGCCGGACUGCUCAGUGCUUUGCACCAGGACAACGCCGACGCUGCCAUUCAGACCUGGACAGUGCGGGCUCGUGCGGCGCUCAAGCUCAUGAGCCGAUCUCAGCUCCAGCCGGACGACAUGCACUUAUAUGUCAUUGCUCUUUCCGCUUGUCGAGGCGAGUAUAUUCAAGCAGAAACCUUUGUUCGCAAGAGGUUUGACGCACUUCAACAGCCUGAAUACCAGUCUCUCAUGCGUCGAGCGCGGCUUCUUGCCUUUCUCUCGGCGCUUUGCGGCGAUCCAAAGAUUGUGUGGAGGUCUCCGGCCUCGUGGGAUGAGUUGGUCCGCAACCAAGACUCGGGCUCCAAGGCGUUUCUGGAUUUGGUUCAGUACGAUGGGUACCUUCGCUUCUUGCACCCGUUCAUUGCCCGUCUAUUCUUAUCCCAGCUUGACUACGUCUCUCAACGAGAGGGGUUCCAGCCCAGCUGCAGCGGUACUUCCGAGAGCUUUCUGCGAAGGGCUUCAGUGUUCAACCGCAUCCGAAUCCCGACAUGCGUCCCGGGCCAGCUGAACUGA